GUUGGGUCUCAUCCAUAGACUGUGGUCUCAUCACAACAUCAUCAGGGCGUUUCAGGCAACGUUCGGAUACACAGCAGCUCCCCCGUUAUCUCAGAAUUGUUCCACCCUUGACGGGACGACAGUUCCUUUUCAUCCAGACGACAUGAAAUGUUGAUGUGGUAAAAAUGAACAAACCCAAAAUGGCCACAGAGAAGGGUGUUCCCAGUAACUCCAGGGUACUGAUGCUCCUGGGUCAACUAGAGAGGAUGAAUGGAGAGGCCAUGGUGAGGGAUGUCGAAAUGGCGAGACAGGUCACUACAAAGAUCCUUCAUCUCAUACAGACACAGGAGAAGAGUGGAAAAGAGGUCAUGUCCAAAAGCUCCAGUGGCAUGGAAGUCAUCCUGGCUUCAUUGGAGAAUACCAGGGAUGUCCAGACCACACUGAAUAUUCUAUACAUUCUGAGUGAGCUGCUAACUGUGGGAAGAGGUCGCAGGGUGGGAGUAUUUGUGUCAAAGGGAGGAACGGGAAUAUUAUUCCAGAUUCUGAUCGCUGCCAGUAAAGAUUUGCCUCCCAGUGAGGAACUCAUGCUGCAGCUUCACUCCCUGCUGGCCAAGGUUGGCCCCAAAGACAGAAAGUUCGGUGUGAAGGCACGUCUGAGUGGAGCUCUGAAUGUCACCAUCAACUUAAUGAAACAGAACCUACAGAAUACCAAACUGCUUCUGCCUUGCCUGCAGGUUCUCAGAGUUUAUUCUACCAACUCGGUCAAUGCUAUUUCUUUGGGGAAGAAUGGCGUGGUUGAACUUAUGUUCAAAAUUGUCGGUCCUUACUGCAAGAAGAACACCAGCCUGCUCAAGGUAGCUCUGGACGCACUGGGAGCACUGCUCAAAUCCAAAACUAAUGCCCGCCGUGCAGUAGAUGGGGGCCAUGUGCCCGUCUUGCUUUCUCUGUACCUGGAUUGGCAUCGCAAUGACACGCGGCAUCGCCACAUGCUGAUUCGCAAAGGGCUGCUGGUCUGCCUCAGGAACGUUACCAACAUCAAACUGGGAAGGAAGGCAUUCAUAGAGGCUGAUGGCAUGAGGAUCCUCUACAACUCUUCGACUGAGUGUCUCCCUGUGCGAACUCUGGAUCCUCUGGUCAACACUUCAAGUCUCAUCAUGAGAAAGUGUUUUCCUAAGAACCGUCUGCCUCUGCCCACCAUCAAAUCAGCCUUCCACUAUCAGCUGCCACAUGUACCUGCUGUAGGGCCUGUGGCACAGCUGUACAGCCAGCCUCCUGGGGGAAGAACAAGUCAUCAGCUCAGCAACAAGCCCUUAAACAAGGUGGAUGAUGUGGUCGAUGAAAGUGAUGAUAAUGAGGAGGCCGAGGCAGACAGUGAUACUGAGAAUGAAGAGGAUGAGAAGGAUCACCACUCCGCGAAUGAUGACAUUGAAACAGACUUAAACAAGCUACAUCCCAAAAAGAGCCCUGGCCGUCCAUUCGAAGAGUUAAGGGUUUAUGAGAGAUUCUUCCUGGAGCUAUCUGAAGAUUUUCAGGGGUUUAACUUUGAUUGCUCAAAGAAUGCCUCCACUACAUCUUCAUCAGCAUCCUUCUCCUCAUCAUCAGCCUCAACUCGAUCCACUCGGCCAAUCAUAGUGCCCACAGCUCAAGCCCUGUCUCCAAAACACAUCCCCAUACCAAACUCUCAGGAGGAUUGCAAAUCUACCAAAGGACAACACACUCAGCCAACUCCGCCUGCUCCCACACCAAACCCUCCUGCUCCUCUAACACCUCUAGAACUGGACACGAUCCACGUCACCAAGGACCAAGACAAAAAAGAGGAGGCCAACAUUCCUACUCCAGAUGGGCAUACGACCUUCACCAGGCCUCCUUCUCAAGGGCAGAGGAUUGAACAGGAACUAGCACAUGCGUUAGAGUGUGCCUCUCUAGAAGAGGAUAGAGCUCUGAACGCAGAAGAAGGAUUAAAAGGAGUCAAACAGGAGGGCUCCCCAGUCAACGCUACGAGGCACAUACAGUCCCCUCUGCUCUUGGGAGGCAUCACUACACGCCGUGUGGGAGGUGGAGGCAGUAACUGGGGUUCAGAUUGUGGCUCAGAAGGUGCUGAGGAUGAGGUAGGGGAAGGAGCAGUCCUGGAGGUGCCAGACACGGCCCUCCUCCUGCCACUGCAUGACCCUGACUUGUACGUGGAGAUGGUGAAGGGGACACACUCUGUUCCACAGUACGCUGAGGUGGCUUACCCAGACUACUUUGGCCAUGUUGCUCCGACAUUUAGGGAACCCCUUCUGGAGAGAGUUUACGGUGUACAGAGGUCCAAGAUAUUCCAGGACAUUGAGAGGUUGAUCCAUCCUAACGAUAUCUUGGAUAAAGUAGUUUAUGACCUGGACAUUCCCAGUUGUCCUGUGAUUGAAGAUAAUGGUGAAUCACUGAAGUUCAACUCUCAGUUUGAGUCUGGUAACCUCAGGAAGGCAGUUCAAGUUAGAAAGUAAGUCUUUAUUGUUACAUCUGGUAUAGCG